UCGGGAUACGUAGGGAUGGACCGGGUCCAUGCAAAUCGACCAUCUCUCCCUCUCUCACUCCGAGCUUAUCUCCGCUCUUAUUCUCGCUCCCUACGUGUUCGACGAAAUGCCCCACCCAGUCGAUAAAACACCUCCUCCUCCUCCUCCACCAUCUCCCUCCUCCUCCUCCAAAACCCUAACCCUAGACGCCGCCAUCGACCUCGACCUCACCUCCCGCAUCGCCGAGCUCGUCCUCCGCCACCCCCAUGGCGACAACGCCCGCUCCCUCGCCCUCGCGCUCUCGAACCUCUCCGCCUCGUUCCCCGCCUCCCUCGCCGACGCCGUCCUCAAGCACCUCUGGGACCACGCCCCCCGCGCCCUCCUCUUCUUCCGCUCCCUCCUCCUCCUCCCCCGUCGCCAUGGCCAUGGCGACCUCGCUCCCUCCGCCUCCACCUUCGACCUCGCCAUCGACCUCGCCGCGCGCCUCCGCGACCGCCGCCGCGUCCACUCCCUCCUCCUCCUCCGCCGCCUCUUUGUGGAUUUCCAUGCGGAGCAGCUAAAGNACACCACCGUGCUCCACGGAUUGGGGCUCGGCGGCGAACUCCGAAGGGCCCGAGAGGUGCUCGACGAAAUGCCGCAACGAGGCGUCCUCCCCAACGUUGCCGCGUACAACGCGCUCAUCCAGGUAAUAUGCAAAAAGGGCACCGUCGACGACGCCCUCGCGGUGUUCGACGAAAUGCUCAGUAGAGGUUACACCCCGAAUUCGACCACCUAUAAUGUUAUUAUACGGGGGCUCUGCCACGCGGCGGAGUUCGACCGGGCUCUGGGGUUCGUGGACCAGAUGCGGCGCGAUGGGUGUGGGCCCAAUGUGCAGACGCAUAAUAUUAUCAUGCGGUGCUACUUCGAGGAGGGGGAGAUUGAGAAGGGGCUGGAGAUGUUUGAUAAAAUGGGCGUGAGAGGCGCUUGCUUGCCGAAUUUGGAUACGUAUAAUGUAAUUAUAAGUGCAAUGUUUGUGAGGAAGAGGGGGGAGGACAUGGUGGUGGCCGGGAAAAUGGUGAGGGAGAUGGUGGAGAGAGGGUUUUUGCCGCGGAGGUUUAUGUUUAAUAAGGUGGUUAAUGGUUUGUUGGUUACGGGGAAUCAGGAUUUUGCAAGGGAGUUGUUGCGGUUGCAGGAUAAGUGCGGACGUUUGCGAAGGGAGAUCAGGAUAUGAAUGGAAUGUUGUGUAUUAGGGUGUAGGUUCAUAUUGUAGAAGUACUGAUUGAGUAGAGCUACCUGAAAAUGUCUGAAAAAGUACUUAAUCUAUUGAUAGGGAUGAGCAAUCAGGAGUAUGCGAGCGAGUUGUUUGUGGUUAGAGGCUAGUUGCAGAUGCUUGAGAGGAGAGACAAGUAUACGAAUGCGAUUGGUUUACAAGGAUGGAGAGCUUAAAGAAAAAGUACUGUUUGAGUAAAGCUAGUUGAAAGAACGUUAAUAAACUGGGAUAUGUAUGGGAUAAUUGUUGGAGCAAUGUUUGUGAGGAAUAGGUGGCAGGACAUGGUGGUGGUUGGGAAAAUGGUGAGAGAGACAGUGGAGAGGGCUUGUUGCCGAGGAGGUUUAUGCUUAAUAAGAUGGUUAAUGGUUCAACAGCGACAGGAAAUCAAGAGUUUGUGAUGGUGUUGUUAUGGUUGCGGGAUAGGUGCAGAUGUUGCAGAGGAAGAUCAAGAUAUGAAUGUGGUAGGUUUAGCAGUGUGGAGAACAUAUUGGGGGUGCAUUGAAAAGAGUACUAUUUGAGUAGAGCUAUUUGAAAAGGCGAUAAUGAAUUAUUUAUUAGAAUCCUGUGAACAGGUUUCUGCAGCGGAAGCUUCGCGAGUAGAGCUUCAGUUUUGAGUAGAAAGCUCAUCCAUCUUCUUACAACAAUAGAAACUCAAUGAUGCUGAAAUUUGGCCAGGUACUCCAGAGUGAGUUAUUGAUGUUGAUGUUGCGGGACAAAAGGGGAUCCCUGCUUAGGGAGAUUAUGAUUUGAUUUGGAAUUAAGAUUAUGGAGCAAGAGCUGUCCUGCUCGAAGAAGCCAUAAUAGAUGCUUUGUUAGGGUCCUCUGAGUAGUCAACUGUAGUAGUUUCAAAUUAAAGUUUCAGUUUUGACUAAAAGUUGAAUCAGCUUCUUGCCGCAGCAAAAGCUUCGAAUGGCUACAUGGUAAAGCUUGGCCAAACAGGUAUUUGACUUCUUUCUUUCUGUUUUGAUCAAUGGAACUAUGAUUGAUUAUUUGUUAUUCGCAAUACGAAUGUAAAUAUAGAAAUAGUGACCUCUUUAAACAUGUACAUAUAUAAACUCCAUAAGAGGCUCUGCAGGAUGCAGAUAAAGCUAGAAUAAGCCUAUGCUUGCAAAAUUUCUGUGUUUUUUUUUUUUUUGAGAGAU